CCAAAAUAACAACUAUUUAGGGCUUUUUAUUUAAGUACCAAGAAGCUCCAUUGCUAGAUUAGGGUUUUGGAAGAGAAAGGCUCAGGCAGGAACCAGAAGAAGGUAGACGAAGGAACUCUUCUGCGCCACCAACCAUGGGUCGUAUGCACAGUCGCGGUAAGGGUAUCUCAGCCUCAGCUCUUCCAUACAAGAGAACUUCACCAAGUUGGCUCAAGAUCUCUUCUCAAGAUGUUGAGGAGAACAUUUGCAAGUUUGCAAAGAAGGGCCUUACACCAUCUCAGAUCGGUGUGAUUCUUCGUGACUCUCACGGUAUUGCUCAGGUUAAGAGUGUUACUGGAAGCAAGAUCUUACGUGUUCUCAAGGCUCACGGUCUUGCCCCUGAAAUUCCUGAGGAUCUGUAUCAUCUUAUUAAGAAGGCAGUCUCUAUCAGGAAGCAUCUCGAGAGGAACAGGAAGGACAAGGACUCCAAGUUCCGAUUGAUUUUGGUUGAGAGCAGGAUACACAGACUUGCACGUUACUACAAGAAGACCAAGAAGCUUCCCCCAGUGUGGAAGUAUGAGUCGACCACUGCAAGCACUCUGGUUGCAUAGAGGAGUAUUACGCAGGAAAAGUAUGGAUACUAGCUGUUUGACUAAAGACAUUUGCUCUAGUGUAAUGCUUGGUCACUUUUAGUGAGAAGCUAUUGUGUCAAUUUUUGAGAAAGAUUUUUUGAAUUUCACUUGUUUUCUCUUUUCUUUUUCUUGAGAAUUAAUUUAUGUUAUAUUUUUCUUUGAAUCAUCUAUCAACACAAAGUUGUCCUCAAUUUUGAGCUAUAUGUUUGAAAGCUAAAUUGCUAUA